AUGCUUUCAAGACGUAGCUCCAGUUUAACGACCUCGCUGUUACGAAAACGCUCGAGUUUUCUGCUCAAGCUAAAAGGCGACAAAUCUCUCGACAAGCCAAGCUUGUUCCCAUCCCCUCGAGUUCCCACAGAGAUUUUAGACGUUAUUAUCGAGUUUUUCAUUGAAUCUAUGGCAGACUCGAAGUUCUGCGCGCCAUAUGCUUACAUUGUUGCCUUGACUCUGGUGUCGACCGAUUUUCGACAACUUGCUCUGCGACACUACUUUCGACACCUUAUGCUUCUCAGUCGGCGACACUGGGCUAGUCAUUUUAUCCUUCUAACCUCGGAGCACGAUAAAAAUCAAUUACGAAGAUGGUCGGGAGGUUUCUCAUGGGUUAAGUCACUCUGCUCCUCCUCUACCAUCCUCUCCUAUCAACCUGAACGCCUUGGCCGAUUAUCUCACCUGAACACACUAUCCAUCGAUUUCGGCCGCGAAGGCUUGGUGACGCAGGACCCACGCGUGAAACAACUGCUGAAUAUUUUUGAAAGUUCCCCCAGUGCUUCCAGCUUAAUCUCUUUGACUUUAUCGAGUCUCCCCGCUAUUGACGUCUUGUUGCUGCGACUUAUCGCGAAAGUCUUCGGGUCACUGACUGAUCUCUAUCUCUCUUCGACGGAACGCCUAGAACUAACUUGCUGCAACGCCUGCUACGAAGAGAGUCUGAGCCGUACGGUUCAUUCUCCCAUCCCGGACGUCUACUUGACGCCGGAAAAACUUGCUACUGAGUUUGCUUUAGCACUAACGCCUCUUCAGAAACUUACUCAUCUCCACAUUGGAAUUUUUUUGUCGCCUGAAAAACUCCUUGAAUCUCACUCGGACCAUUCUGAACUGGUUCCCGUCGCAGGAUGGGGCUGGGACGUCAUAGUUGACUGUAAAACAUGCAAACGAUUUGCCAGGGGAGUCCGAAACGACGAAUUGGUUGUUAGCUCGACGAUGGCACAAUAUCUAAAGUCUCUCAAAAGCAUUGGGUGGAGUACGUGUUUCAGCCGAGCGGACGAUUUAGAAAACCAGAAAACGAAGCCGGAUCCGGAGGAGGAGAGAGAUGAUGAAGAGGCGAGGGAAGAAGAUUGUAGCCGCGAAAGCAGUCAAACAUAUCAUGACGACUCUGACACAAAUGUCGACGAUUCCUAUGGUGAUUCGUCGGAAGACUCGGACUCGGACGAAGAUAUACGCUUUGAUCGCUCUGGGUUCAUGAAGACGACGAUCCUGGUCUCCAGAGCCAACAAACGAAUUAGAGUAACGAGGCUUUUGUAG